AUGGACAACAACUCAGCGGGAUCAGGGGGCUUCAAGGGCGGCCUGGGGGGGCUGUUUGGAGGAGGGGGCCCGGAAUACUCCAACACUGAGCUGUCAGGAGUCCCGUUGACGGGGAUGAGCCCUCUCUCUCCGUACCUCAACGUCGACCCUCGGUAUCUGGUUCAGGACACAGAUGAGUUCAUUUUACCGACUGGAGCGAACAAAACCAGAGGGAGGUUUGAAUUGGCCUUCUUCACCAUCGGAGGCUCCUGCAUGAGCGGAGCAGCGCUGGGGGCCCUGAACGGCUUCAGACUGGGCCUGAAGGAGACGAGGGACCUGUCCUGGUCCAAACCCAGAAACGUCCAGAUUCUCAACAUGGUCACGAGACAAGGAGCCACCUGGGCCAACUCGCUGGGAUCAGUAGCCUUGUUGUACAGUGCGUUCGGAGUUGCCAUAGAAAAAGCACGAGGAGCAGAAGACGACGUCAACACCAUCGCAGCUGGAACCAUGACAGGAGUCCUAUUCAAAUCUGCAAGUGGUCUUAAAGGAGCAGCGCGUGGAGGUCUGCUUGGUCUGGCUCUGUCCGGGGCCUACGCACUAUACAACAACUGGGACCAUCUGACGGGCUCCUCCUCCCCCUCACGCCUCUACUGA